AUGUUGGACAUAUUUGGGAGUGAUGGUCUGAAACCAAAUCCAGACAGAGUUCAAGCUAUCAUAGACAUGCCAGUACCUCAGGAUCGUAAGAGUCUGCAAAGAUUUUUGGGAAUGGUUAACUAUUUGAAUAAGUUUAUUUCAAACUUAGCAGAUAUAAGUAGACCACUUAGAGAGUUAAUGGAGUAUUCAGUGGCAUGGCACUGGAUGGAGAAACAGCAAGAAGCAUAUGAUAUUCUUAUUUUGUUGAUUGUUCAAGCGCCUGUGUUGAAGUAUUUUGACCUUGAUUCUGACAUUUCAAUUUCAGUUGAUGCAUUUUCCAAAGGCUUGGGAGCUUGUCUGUUACAAGGAAAUCAGCCAGUAGCCUAUGCAUCACGAGCUUUAAAUCGGGCAGAGCGUAAUUAUGCACAAAUAGAAAAGGAGAUGCUUGCAAUUGUGUUCGGUGCCACCAGGUUUCAUCAAUAUAUUUAUGGAAACACUGUGACAGAUCAUAAGCCUCCGGAAAGUUUACAGAGAAUGAUGCUUAAAGUACAGCAAUAUGAUUUGAAGGUAAAAUAUAUACCGGGUGAAACAUUGUAUAUUGCAGAUACUCUUAGUCGUGCUAGUCAGACCAGUAUGUCAGAGUGCAUGAAUAAGGAAGAAUUUGAAGUUCAUUUAUUGGUACCAAUAUCCCAAGAAAAACCGGAAUAG